AUGCGGAGCGCCCUGCUGUUGGCAGCCAUCCUGGCCCUCAGCCUGGCCCUAGGGGCCGUCUGUGAGGGGUCACAGGAGCAGGUGGUGCCCCGUGGGGGCCGCAGGGAGCUCAGGGACCUGUGGACUCUGGAGAGAGAGGCACCUCUGAGAUUCAAGAAGUUCCCAGAUAUCAACCAGUUGCUCAAGACGCUUUCUGGCAGUGGCUCAGUCUCUGUGGAUGAUUUGCUCAAAACUCUGGGCAAGGCUAGCAAGGAUCCUAAGAAAUUGUCAUUUCUCCAGAAACGUGACAUGCAUGACUUCUUUGUGGGACUUAUGGGCAAGAGGAACAUCCAGCCAGACGUUCCCAUUGAUGUGAACCAGGAGAACAUCCCCAGCUUUGGCAGCCUCAAGUAUCCGCCCAAUGUGGAAUGAGCACUCCAUUUCUGGACUCCCAGGC